CCAUCCCUCGCCUGAUUCCUUACCGCAGCAUUGCCCAACCUCCUUAAUCGCACUUCCACUGUCUGAAAAGUGUUUCCUACUCGCCUUAGAGAAGUUCAACAAUGCCGCAGAUUGAACGCAUCACGCUCUUCAAGAUCCCUAACGAAGAAGACAUCCCGAAGGUCCUGGAGCAGUUCAAAAUCCUGGGCCGCGAUGCCACCAAGGACGGCAAGCCAUACAUCAUCAACGCCGCCGUUGGCCAGUCGUUUCCGGAUGCGCGCAAUCAGGGCUGGAACGUCUCAGUCAAGACCGCGUUCGCUUCGCUGGAUGAUAUGAAAUUUUACGAUCAGGAGUGCGAGGCGCACAAAGCAUUGAAGGCCGUCGUUCUUCCACUGAAACAGGAUAUCAUGACGACUUACUUCGAGAGUAUUCUGUGAGGGCAUCUUGGGCGACAUCAUAAU